CCGAGUUUCGACGUCGCGAUCUCCUCAAAGGCAGAUUCAAACCCGCAAAUCGAAGCAAUUGAUUAAGAUGGGCGGCGGCGGCAAGAUCCCAUAUCCCAAACAUGUCUGGUCACCAGCUGGUGGCUGGUACUCGCAACCCUCGAACUGGAAAGCAAACACGGCAGUCUUCGGCGUUUUCAUCGUUGGUCUUACGGCAAUGAUGUGGAAGUUGAGCGCGGAGAGAGAGUUCCGGUCGAAAUUCCCUGAAGAAGGGCGAUUCUUCCCAAGUCGGUAGUAUGUCAUUCUGAUAUUCAUACGGGAAGGGUUUUUGCUGAUGGGCCUCUAGCUGGAGCAAACAGAUCAAGGAGCACGAAGUAGAGAAGAAAGCGAGUGGUGGAUCAUAGAAGGGGCAUUAGAUAAUGGGCAGGCGCUUGUACAUAUCUACGGAGUCAUGAAUUGACUAGGUCAAAAGAGAACUGGCAAAUGAAAUGUCCUUUUGCCACUGAGCAUACUAUCACAGCAUUUGCGGCGAUACUCGUCGACGGCUGGCCGAGCGUCAGAACGGACUGGAUCCAGGAUCUAGUUUGUACGAGCCACGGAACGAUAAGUUGUUUUCGACCUCCGUGAAUUCCGUGGAACUAUUUUAUCAUUCGGAUUUUCUAGGUACCUAUCCAGGCUAGUUUCCUUGUUUGAAAUCGUAUCACCGCUCGUCGUCGCAUUUUUCAGGAAAAUGGUCCAAGUACGAAGUACGCAAUGUUCCUGCAGCUAAGGAAAUAUCAAUUAGCACAAGCUUUCUUACUUGGGAAAGGUGUACGGCAAAUCUGCUAUGCCUGGCUACUCAUUCGAAACAACUUUCAUUCAUUCCCGUUCAAGUUACUCGAACACAGUAGCCAUCAAACAUAAUCACCUGCCGAGUACUAGUUCUGUCUUCUGCCGAGCCAUCAACAUUUAAACCAAUGCCCAAACGCCUGAUGAACACAAUUACCUAUCUCUAUCAACCUGACCCCUUCAAUGCCCAAAACACAUUUCCCAAUUCUGAACAACAGCAAAGUCACGCCUAUUAUCCACUCCACUCCCUCC